ACAAUACCAUCACUAGGCUAAUAACUAUCGAUAAACUUGUCAACAAGAACGGAAAUUUAUUUAACCAUUCUCAAUAAUAUGUUUAGAAUUUUGUCACCUUGAUUUAUUUAAAAAUAUAGAUUUUACAUUAAUUAGAUAGAAUCAAUCAUACGCAAUGGGAGUAACAGGUCUUUGGAAGUUAGUUGAACCAUGUGGUAGUCCUGUCCCCGUAGAAACUCUGGAAGGCAAAAUACUUGCUGUUGGUACGUACAAUAAUUUAUCAACAGUUUGUUAUAUUAAUUGUCUAUUUGGUAUUCUUAUAUCAGAUAUUUCCAUUUGGCUUCAUCAGGUUGUUAAAGGGUUUCAGGACAGUAAAGGUUCCCUGUUACCACAUGCCCAUUUGUUGGGUCUUUUUCACCGUCUCUGUAAACUGUUGUACUAUCGCAUACGUCCUGUAUUUGUAUUUGAUGGAUGUGUACCUCAUUUGAAACGUGAUACAAUUUCUCGAAGACAACAGCAACGUAGUAAGCUAAACAAUGAAGCGGAUCGAAUACAAGCCCUACUGCUUCAAUCGCUUGCUAAGGAAAGAGUAGUGCAACAAGCAUUGGGUGUUAAUGCGGAAUUAUUGAUGAAAUCGCCUAGCAAAAGAAAAAAUAAAAGCAAUAAGAAUGAAAAUGAAAAGGAUGAUAUUUUCAAAUUACCGGAUCUUCCUGCCGGCAGUGAUACUAAGAAAGAUCAUUAUUAUAAGGAUUCUAGCACAAGUUCUUUCUCAGAAUUAUCAGAAGAAGACUGUUCAUUUAAUGACUCCAAUCCUUGGCGUGAAUAUAAUGCAAAUAUUCAAGCAAUAGAUGUACGCAGUGAGCAUUUCAAAAGCUUGCCACCUGAGGUUCGGCAUGAAAUAUUGGUAGAUAUAAAAGACACACGAAAGCAAUCUUCAUGGGGUCGUUUACAUGAACUACCUUCAAGCAGUAACGAAUUCAGUACUUUUCAAAUGAAAAGACUACUCAAGCGACGCGCAGUACAAGAAAGUAUUGAAGAAACUGAGAAAGAAAUGGGAGAGCAAGCUUUGACUUUUACGGAUUUACAAAACUUUUUUACUGAAGAAGGAAUUCUAGAUCCCGAAAAUAUACCUCAAAAUGCGAAACCUGUAUGCUCCGAUGAAGCCGUUCGCUUUAUGCUAGUUCGUGAUUUACGGAAAAAUCUAUUGAGAGAAGAUAAAGAUAAAAAUAAAACAACAUCUAUUUCGGAAAAAAAUGAUGUCAAUGCAGAACCAAGUGUCUCUGAGAAGAAAGAUGCACCAAAAUCAGAAGAACCUGCAGGGAGCAAUAAAAGCUUAGGCAAAGAAUACAAUACUGAUUUAGAAUUGGCUAUUGCUCUCUCCAUGGAAGAUGAAGCUGAACCAGUGUACAGUAAGGAAGACUAUGAAUACAACUCUAACGAAAACCUAAAACUAAACCGACAACAACGUAAUCAAUUGAGAAAUGCCGCGAUUGGGCCAGCUCGUACGUAUAUGAUUGAAUAUGGCGGAUUUAAUGAUGAAGAAGUUGGAGGAAUAAUGGAGAAGACACAAGUAGAAUAUGACGUUGAGAAUGAAGAAUGUGAUAUUGCCAAAGCAAUCGUAGCCUCUUUAAAUGAUAUUUCUACAGAAUGUAAAGAAGAAAAUACGAAGGAUGAAAAACCUUGCAAAAGGGAUGAAUCUAAAAAACCGCUCGAAGAAUGUAGCCAAGAGAUAUGUCUACGAGUAAGUGAUGACUCAGAAACUGACUCGGAUUUAGAAGAAGUUGUGGAUAAUUUUCCAGCAACUUGUAAAAACGUGCCCAAAUUGGAAGUUAUUAUAAAAACUCAAGACACAAUAUUACCAGAAGAUGAUUUAUUUUCAGAUAUUUUUGUACCAAAAACGGAAAAUUCAACUGAAAUUGAUGCAGAAAAUGUUGUCACUGAACGCACAAAUUCUGAUGAACAUUAUGAAACUAUUGUAUUGGACAAUAGUCAAACGGAAUCAAUCGGUGGAUAUAACACAGAGAACCGAGACAAAAAUUCCGAGAAAUGCUUGCAAAAAACUGACCCAAAAACUACAAUAACAUUUGAAAAUAUACCAACAACAACUCAAAUGUCUUCUAUAUUAGAUGAUCUUAAAAAGCAAGCAAAUGACAUCAAAAAUAUUCAUUUAGCUGAUGUUAACACUACUGAACCAAAAGGAGAGCUUAUAUCGAAAAAUGAAAUUAUAGAAAUAUAUGACAGUGAUGAUCAAAAGUCGAAACAUAACUCUGAAAACAGAGAAAUGGAAUCAAGCGGUGGAUAUAGCACAGAGAUCCAAGACGAAAAUUUCGGGAAGAUCUUGCAAAAAACUACAAUAACAUUGGAAAAUAUAGCUACAACAGCUCAAAUGGCUUCUAUAUUAGAUGAUCUAAAACAGCAAGCAGAUGACGUCAAAAAUAUUAAUUUGGAUGAUGUUAACAUCACUGAACCGAAAGAAAAGCUGAAUGAAAUCAUAGAAAUAUAUGACAGUGAUGAUCAAAAGCUGAAACAUGAGAUAACGCCGAGUAAAUCACCGAAAUUUAAGACCCCCACAAAAAACAAAAGCAUUAGUGAGUAUUUUGAGACAAAGUAUGUAGUUAAACGAACGCCGGAAAGUAAUCACAAAAGGAAAGAGGAGGAACAAACAUCUGAAGUAAAAUCCCCGUUUUUUGUGAAGAAGUCACCUUCAUCCCACCGAAAAGGAUCCGCAACAAAAAUUAAUGAAAAUUCACUUCAUGGACAAAAGCUUUCGAAAGCUUCCAAAACACUGUUUCGAAAUAGCAGCAAAUCACCUAAAAAUGAAGGAGAGUUGGAGAAGAAUGAUGUCGUUUUAAGUGAAGAGGACUUGCUAAAAAAUGCAGCCAACGCUCUCAAAGAACAAAAAUCCACCGAGCAACUAGAAGUAAUGGCGUCAGAAUUAGCCAAAGAACGAAGAGAUUUAGAAAAUGAACGCAACCGACAAGAUCGCAUGGGCACAGCAAUUAAUCAAAAUAUGCAAACUGAAUGUCAGCAAUUGCUGAGAUUAUUUGGCAUUCCUUACAUUAUAGCACCAAUGGAAGCUGAAGCACAAUGUGCUUUUCUUGAAUCUGUACGUUUAACUCAUGGUACUAUUACUGAUGACAGCGAUAUUUGGUUAUUUGGCGGCAGGACGGUAUAUAAAAAUUUUUUUGAACAAAAUAAGCAUGUAUUGAAAUUUGAGGCAGAUACAAUUAGCCAUGCUUUUAACUGUGAUCGUGAGAAAUUAAUACAGUUAGCUUGCUUAGUAGGCAGUGAUUACACAACAGGUAUACAUGGUAUUGGUACUGUUACAGCUUUGGAAAUUUUGGCAGCGUUUUCGAUGGCAACGAAGCAAACAAAAGAAGCGUGUGACGAACAAAGUAUAACAACUGCCACCGUUUUGUCGGCGCUAUACCGUUUUCGAGACUGGUUUAAAACGCACAAAGAUUCGGCCCAAGGUAGCUCUAUACGUCUAAACUUGCGAAAAAAGUUAAAGAACAUUGAAUUAAAUGACGGUUUUCCCAAUCCUGCUGUAAUUGAAGCGUAUUUGUCGCCAACAAUUGAUGAUAGUAAGGCGUCAUUUAACUGGGGGUAUCCCGACAUUGAAUCUAUACAUGCUUUCACGAAAAAAGUAUUCGGUUGGACAACAAUAAAAACAGAUGAAAUGCUUAAGCCAGUGCUAAAGCGCAUAAACGAUAAGCAAACACAAUCCAGUAUACGCAAUUAUUUUACGAUUAAAAGUGCUUUAAAUACGCGCGGUUUAAAAGUAAGUAAGCGAGUACAGAAAGCGAUCGAAACAAUGGCUGGGAAAUUGAAUGAAAGUGAAACAGAAGAACUUGUUACCAAAAAAACAAAACCCAAAUGUAGAAAGAAACAAACCGAAACUGCCAAAACCGAUGAAAAUUUGGCUAAUUCUGUAGCUGAUGUUCCAAGCACAAGUUCUGUGUUGACGAGAGCAACAUGUGAACGUUCACCUAGAAUACCUGAAAGCAAUCCAGUUAUCCCACAACGGGAAAAACAAAAGGAUAUAAUGCGCAAAAAUAAAGAAAAAGCUGCCGCUGUGUUGAAGAAGUCUAAAUCUUCGAUACCAACUAGAAAAGAUAACAAAAAGAGGCGAACAGAUUGAAUAAAAAAAAUUUACAUAAUUGGUGAUGGCAUGGAAAUAUACAGUCAUUAAUAAAUAUAAUAAAUAAUUUUAUUCAUUUUGUCAUCUUUAA